AUGACUCCACAGUAUCUACCAGAAUACCGGGGCAAGCAUCCAAAAUGUGACUCACUGGUGGUGUUCUGCAAUGCAUGCGUCUGUGUGUCCACUGCGACAGGCACCAGUACAUAUGUUGGAGGUUUGAUUUGCAGAGCAUGCAAUCUUGCAGUCCCCUUCCAUGGAUGUCUUUUAGACUUGGGAACCUGCCAGACAAAACCUGCUCAGUACUGUAAAAAAGUGGUCCACGUUAAAGGUGGCAUUGAAUGGUAUUCAGUUAAAGGCUGCACAAAGAACGUAACAGAGUGCUUCGAGAGAACUAACAAACUGCAUGAACUUGUAUCCACUCACUGCUGCCAUAGUCCUUUGUGUAAUUUCUGA